GCUUAUUGACCUUUAAUCAUUUAGAGGGCAUUUUUAAGUCCCGUUUUAUUUUAUCAUACACAGUUCACCGGUCGGCCCGAGAACUUUGAUCGAAUUACACUUAACUAAAAAGCUUUGCCGGUGCACAAUGGGUCGAAAAUUCGUAGUAGGAGGAAACUGGAAGAUGAAUGGAAACAAAAGUCAAAUUUGCGAUAUAGUUAGUUUCCUCAAAACAGGACCGUUGAAUCCAGAAACUGAAGUAAUAGUCGGAGUUCCAGCUAUCUUCUUGGACUAUGUAAGAGUAAAUCUACCAGAAAAUAUAGCCAUAGCAGCCCAAAAUUGCUAUAAAGUUGCCAAGGGAGCUUUUACUGGAGAAAUCUCCCCAGAUAUGAUCAAAGACGUCGGGGUAAAUUGGGUAAUCUUGGGCCAUUCAGAACGCAGACAAAUAUUUGGAGAAACCGAUGAAUUAAUUGCCGAGAAAAUAGCUCAUGCUUUGGAAUCAGGUUUGAAAGUUAUUGCUUGCAUUGGUGAAACUUUGCAAGAACGUGAAGCUGGGAAGACUGAGGAAGUAGUGUUUCGACAGACACAGGCCAUUGCUUGUAAAAUAAAAGAUUGGACAAACGUUGUUGUUGCAUAUGAACCAGUUUGGGCUAUAGGUACUGGCAAAACUGCUAGCCCUCAACAAGCACAAGAGGUACAUAGAGCACUGAGGCAAUGGUUUUGUGAUCACGUUAAUGCUAGUGUUGGGGAGUCUAUUAGAAUUCAGUAUGGUGGCUCAGUUACAGCUGCUAAUUGCAAAGAAUUAGCUGCACAACCAGAUAUUGAUGGAUUUUUAGUUGGGGGUGCUUCAUUGAAACCUGAAUUUGUAAACAUUAUCAAUGCAAAGCAAUAAAAUUGUGCAUCUGUUUGUCACUAAAUAUAUAUGUAGAGGAAUGUGUAAAUAAAAUACAGACUACAGCGGC